AUGUACACUACCCCCCCUACGGAUCCCGAGGUCUCAUCCGACAUCGAUAGCUUCCUCGGGUUCGCGACGUUACUCGCGUUCGCCCGGGGCGGGUUAAACGUCGAGCUCGCACUACGCGUAUACCGGAAUAUCACGACCGACGUCUACAUCACCAGUACCUCGUACCGCGAGGUUCCCGUCCUACCUCGGGAGGAGGACCGAGACGAGGACGAGGGUGACCCUCUACGCCUCCGGGCUACCGCUACCCUCCUCCGCGACAUCCCUCACUUCUUCGCCGGGCGCCUCUUUAACGCUCGCGAUAUCGAGGUCUACUUCCUCUUCCCGCACCUCCCGGUCGACGGGGAAUUUAUCGGAUUAAAGUAG